UGUCCUUGCGGCGCCGCCCGGGACGCGGGUCAGUGUACGCCGGGCGGUCGGCGUGUUGACCGGACCUCCGGGCGGCGGACUAGCGGCUGCACUCACCAUGUUGUCCCGAGCGGCUCUCAGCUCGAGCAGGACGCUGGUGUCAGCACUGGGGGCUCUGGGUUCCAGGCAGAAGCACAGCCUCCCCGACCUGCCGUACGAUUAUGGCGCCCUGGAGCCUCACAUCAACGCGCAGAUCAUGCAGCUGCACCACAGCAAGCACCACGCGACCUACGUGAACAACCUGAACACCCUCGAGGAGCGGUACCGAGAGGCGCUGGAGAAGGGUGACAUUACAACCCAGGUAGCUCUUCAGGCUGGGCUGAAGUUCAAUGGUGGAGGCCAUAUCAAUCAUUCCAUCUUCUGGACGAACCUGAGCCCUAAGGGUGGUGGUGAGCCCAAAGGGGAAUUGCUGGAAGCCAUCAAACGUGAUUUUGGUUCCUUCGACAAAUUUAAGGAGAAGUUGACCACUGUGUCCGUUGGCGUUCAAGGCUCAGGUUGGGGUUGGCUUGGUUUCAAUAAGGAACAGGGACGCUUGCAGAUUGCUGCUUGUUUUAACCAGGAUCCCCUAGAAGGAACAACAGGUCUUAUUCCAUUGCUGGGGAUUGAUGUGUGGGAGCAUGCUUAUUACCUUCAGUAUAAAAAUGUCAGACCGGAUUAUCUAAAAGCUAUUUGGAAUGUAAUCAACUGGGAGAACGUAACUGAGAGAUACAUGGCUUGCAAAAAGUAAAACAUUAUCAUUAUACUGAGCAGAAUAAGCUUUUUACGACUAUUUUUUGUAGAAGUGCAGAGUACCAUAGUAUACUAAUAAGCUGCUCUGUGAUAGCAUUUCUUAAUGUAGCUUGUUCAAGUAUUUGAUAAACAUGACUUAAUGCUAUGAAUCUCUUGUUUUCAAAUUUUAUUAUUGGGCAACUGAAAAUAAUAAUUGCUUUGUAUGAUUUAGUCUUGAUUGAACACUUUCUUCAAGAGCUGAAAUAGCUAGGAGGUUAGAGUUGUCAUCAUGAAACCAUCACGAAUAUCUCAGCCCUGUCUUCUUAGGGCCUCUUGUGUGGCAGUGGUAGAAAACCUGGUCCUUUGCCCCAGUUGUUUAACUAUAAAAGGUUAAAUUUAUUUCCCAAGGGAAAUGCUCAGUUUUUCUAUUGAAAACUGCUCUUUUUGUAAGUAAUCUGCCUACUAGUACUUCUGGUAGCUAUCACCCAUUGGCCUUUAUUAAUCUUCGGUCACAUGUUACACAGGGUUAACACCAUUUUGUCUUUAAAAAAUAUGUAACUUGAUUGCUAACUGAGAAUUGCUUUAUUAUGGAAAGGAAAUAGUCGUGCGUUUGAAUUUUUCUGUUGGGAGAAAUAGACUUUUGUGUAAACUUUGUCAUCAAACAAAUCUGUGUUAUGUACAUUCGGGCCUUGUUGAUAGCAUGGAUGUUGGGAAUGGGGCCACAGAUCAUUCUGGCUGGGCACUUGUCCCCCCCACUUCCAGUCCUGCUUAUGAGCAUCAUCCCUCGGGGGGAGCCAGCCUGAAUCAGGUGCUGCCUUCCCAGAGAGGCGAAGGGGUUGGUUUCUGGAUGUGGUCAGUGGCAUGUCCCCAUCUAGGAACAUUUCUUUUCAAAGACUUGUUUUUGAGUUAUUCUAUUAUUUUUGAUCUUUUCUUUUAAAACAUGUGCAGUCACUGUAGAAACUUUACAUUGUUUAGUCCUUUGAGUAAAGGCAGAUGAAACCCAUAAUCCAGUGACCCAGCACGUCAAAUGAGUCCUGUGUAGGUUUUGCAGAUGGGACUGUUUAAAUGUAGCAGGGAUCCUUUCUGUAAUUGGGCUUAACAUUGUCACCCAUUCCAUGUUUCAUUUUUCUCUUUAUUUUUACCGGCUGUAUAAUUUAUCAAUUGGAUGCUUCCUAAUUUAUUUUACAUUUCUGAUACUGAAUUUUUCAUUGAUUUCUAAUUGUUACUUACUCAAAUAAUGUAGAGAGCAACCCACAUAGGUUUUGCCUUCUAUUGGAAUAUUUUUUCUAUGUAGGUUUUUUUUCUUAAGCCUAUUCAGUAAUAGAAUGUUUUCCUAAGUUGAUUAUUUCUUCCCCCAAAUUUAUUCUAUUAUUAUUAUUUUUUUUUUUGGCACAGAAAAAUGGAGUAACUUAGCAGUUUCAAUAUUGAAGACUGAAGUUUAAAAAAAAAAUUUAAGGCACUUUUCUUUUAGAAUUCAAGUAGAAAGUACUUAGGCUUUCUGAAUUGUCAACAGUGUCGAUGAGACCAGUGAUAGCUCUGUGUGUGUUUGUGGAUUGAAAACACUUUGAAGACUAGGAUUGCCACCCUUUCUAUACCACAGCACAGUGACUUUCAUAGAGCACAGAUGGGAGUCAUGUGAUUACUGCUUACGUGUAUACAUUAUACACACGCAUACCUGCAUAGAUACAUAUACAUGUAUUAUGCACACACGUAUAUAUAAACAAGGCAGUGAACUCUGUUUAAAUGGACCAUCUAGAAAAACAGAACCUUUUUGAAAGAUGGGCUUUCAAACACAGGUAGUCUGUCAGAUCAUGGUUUAUAUUGAACUAACAAAGAUAUGCAGAGAUUACUGAUUCAUACAGUGCUUUUUGACUUUUAUUAAGCCUUAAGAUUUCAAAAAAGUUCAAUGUUGAAAUUUCUAUGGGGCUCUAUUUUUGCUUUGGUUUUACGUUGAGGGAACAAGGGAAGGCCCACUGUUCUUCCCUAAGGUUUUCGUUUCUCCUCCCCAUCAGAUAGAUUUUAAGAGAUGAAGAUAAAUUACAGAUAAAGAUUUUAGUCAUCCAGUGGAAAAUGAGACUUAAGAUUUUGUUUAGCCCUGUUUUUCAUAGUAGAAAAUAAAUUAAAAAGGAAAGCAGCUGCUUCUGAAAUAAACCAAGUGGUGUUCAUCCAGGAGGGAUUUUUGUGGCCGAAUCAGCAGUGCCUACUCUGGUCUUAAAUGUGCGUCAGACCCCAUAGUGAUUAGUGCUGGAGGAAAGCAGGACACAAGGCGAAUAUCGCCCGAGGUAGGAUCUGCUGCUUGAACUGUUGUGUAACAGUUUUAUUGCACACCUCAAAUUCGUGAUCUUAAAAUGUGAUUUGAGUUUCCGGUGAAUACCUUUAAAAAAGUACCACCAAAACCAUAAAAUUAAGAUUGAUGGGUAUUGUGAGUGUCCUCUCUAAAACUAGGUCUAAAUACAAAUUUUUAUUUCCUGGUUUGAUUUCAGGGGAGCUACUGUUUGGGAAAUUUACUGUUAGGUAAAUGUUUUGUAAAUUACUGUUUCUCAUUUUCAGUCAUACAUAAUGCUUUCGACAAGCUAAUGUCCUGUCUUCUUAGGUACGCAUCAGGCCUGGCUCACAUUAAAAAUCCUGUAACAUCCUGGAUAGUUUUCAUUUAAUUAAUCAAUAGAGAAACACUUAUUUUCCUAUUGUAAGUGUGAAGCUUUUUGAUUGUUAAUAAAAGAAUCUACCAACCAUCAGAA